UAAAGUUGUUGUUGAGGCGGCGGGGCGCUAAGAUGGCGGCGGCGGCGGCAGCCGUGGCGGGGGCGGGGCGCGGCGGCGCGGAGCCCCGGCAGGAGCGGAGCCAGGCGCGGGGCUGGGUCGGUGCCGAACGCAGCGAAGGCCGAAGCAGGAUGGAGUCAGGUGAGGAGCUGGAGGAGGAGGACUCUCCAGGUGGCCGUGAGGAUGGCUUCACUGCUGAGCAUCUGGCUGCAGAGGCCAUGGCAGCUGACAUGGACCCCUGGUUGGUGUUUGACGCCCGCACCACACCUGCCUCUGAGCUAGAUGCCUGGUUGGCCAAGUACCCGCCAUCCCAAGUUACUCGCUACGGGGACCCUAGCUCACCCAACUCUGAGCCCGUGGGCUGGAUUGCAGCGUAUGGGCAGGGCUACAUCCCCAACUCGGGUGAUGUGCAGGGCCUGCAGGCAGCCUGGGAAGCCCUGCAGACCAGCGGGCGGCCCGUCACGCCAGGUACCCUGCGCCAGCUGGCCAUCACCCACCACGUGCUCUCGGGAAAGUGGCUGAUGCACCUGGCACCUGGCUUCAAGCUGGACCAUGCCUGGGCUGGCAUUGCUCGGGCUGUGGUCGAGGGCCGGCUUCAGGUGGCCAAGGUGAGCCCACGGGCCAGGGAGGGUGGGCGCCAGGUCAUCUGUGUUUAUACAGACGACUUCACGGACCGCUUGGGUGUGCUGGAGGCAGAUGCAGCCAUCCGUGCAGCAGGCAUUAAGUGCCUGCUCACCUACAAGCCUGAUGUCUACACCUACCUGGGCAUCUACCGGGCCAACCGCUGGCAUCUCUGCCCCACUCUCUAUGAGAGCCGUUUCCAGCUGGGGGGCAAUGCUCGUGGCUCCCGUGUGCUGGACCGUGCCAACAAUGUGGAACUGACCUAGUGGGGCCAAGUUGGGGAGACCACCCUCUGUACCCCCUGCUAGGGAUGGAUCCUCCCGUCUUUCUCCUCCUCCUCGUCCCAAGGAGGCCAUGUCCCACAGCUCUAAGACUAGGUCACUCGGGAACUGCUUGCAUCUUCGAUCCCCUUGAACUUUUGCCCUCUGUUCAGGGCUGAGUCAAGUCCCCACCUGCUGGAGGUUCUGGCUCUCUUAGGACCGGACCCUCAGCCUCUCUCUUCGAUGCUGCUCUGCUCUGCCAUCCAGGACCAUAGGCUGGGUACAGACACCCAGGAGAGAGCCUGCCUUGGCCACCCUUAUCCCUGGCUGUACCUCCCCCUCCUCCUGCAUUCUCCUCUUCCUCACAAAAGAGAAAACUUAGUGCUUCCAGUCCCUCUCCUUGGAGCCUUCACAGCCCGGGGGGCAGAGGCCCUGCAGGCCUGAGCAUGCCUUUUUUUUGGGGGGAGGGUAGGGGGGGCCACUCAGCCCCUGGCAGAAAGAGGGGAUGCCAGGGCCAUGAACAUGGUGUCUGCUCCUCCCUGCCACCUCACAGCCUGCACUACCUUCCCUUCACUAUCUUGCCAUGUGCCUGCUCCUGGCAUUUCAAUAAAACCCAGCUUGGGUCUGUG